AAGGCAGGCUGUCAAAUCUGAAAGUUCCUGGUGUUCAAUGUAUGCAACACCGUUGCAAGUUCAUAACACUUAUUUCAAGCAUGUAACUCGUAGUAGCAUUGGAUGUUUGUAAUGACCCAAGCUACUUAAAUAGUUAAUGCAAGUACUUAUUCGGAAAAGAGCGGGGUUUUAUUCGGCGGUGACUGUUGUUUGAGGACUCAUUUGGGUGUCUUGAGGAUGUGGCUGCUGUGUUGACAGUGGCACGAGUCUUUCCAGCUCCGUAUAUCUCUAUAAAAGCACGGCAUGUAGAGAACAAAAAGUUGGGCGUCCAGGGCUCUCUGACUGGUGCUGUAAGUGGUGCUGGCUGCCAAGGUCAUGAAGAUCCGCUGGUCGAGGAAGGUGGCUUUCCUGGCCAAGGUCUGCUUCGUCCUCUGUCUGCUGUGGCUCUUCUACCUCCUUAUAGUCCGUUCUGCAGUCUCCUCUUUGACUGAAAAUGAUGGUGAACACAACAUCCUGGUCCGAGACAUUCCUACCCUCACAGAGGGAGUCUCUGACAGCCUCCUCCGGCCUGUUUAUGAGAAACAUCCACCAGAACCCAACGCUCCUGGAGAAUAUGGCAGAGCCACUCGACUGACCCUCAGCACUGAGGAGAAGAAAGAGGAGGAGUCUGGUAUUGAGCGCUAUGCCAUUAACAUCUUCAUCAGCGACAAGAUCUCCCUUCAUCGCCACAUACAGGACAACAGGAUGCAUGAAUGCAAAGCAAAGAAGUACAAUAUCCAUCGACUGCCCACUACAUCUGUGAUCAUAGCAUUUUACAAUGAGGCCUGGUCCACUUUACUCAGAACCAUUCAUAGUGUGUUGGAAAGCACACCAGCCAUCCUACUAAAGGAGGUCAUACUUGUGGAUGACUUCAGCGACAGAGGCUAUCUGAAGUCACAGCUGGAGCAGUAUUUAAGUAAUCUCGAUCGCGUUCGUCUCAUUCGCACCAAGAAAAGAGAAGGUCUGGUACGGGCACGACUCAUUGGCGCCACCUAUGCUACAGGACACGUGCUCACCUUUCUUGACUGCCACUGUGAAUGUGUGCCUGGUUGGAUUGAGCCACUGCUGGAAAGAAUUGCAGAGAAUGAGACCACCAUCAUAUGUCCAGUGAUUGACACCAUUGACUGGAACACAUUUGAGUUCUACAUGCAGACUGAUGAGCCCAUGGUGGGCGGCUUUGACUGGAGGCUGACAUUCCAGUGGCAUGCUGUGCCGGAAAUCGAUCGCAAGAUACGGAAAUCCCGAAUUGACCCCAUUAGGUCUCCCACUAUGGCUGGAGGCCUAUUUGCCGUCAGCAAGGCCUACUUUGAGUAUCUGGGCACAUAUGACAUGGGCAUGGAGGUAUGGGGAGGAGAGAAUCUGGAACUUUCUUUUCGGGUGUGGCAAUGUGGGGGGUCUUUAGAAAUUCACCCAUGUUCCCAUGUGGGUCACGUUUUUCCCAAGAAAGCCCCAUAUUCCCGAUCGAACUUCCUUCAGAACACUGUCCGUGCUGCAGAAGUCUGGAUGGAUUCCUACAAGCAGCACUUCUAUAACCGAAACCCCCCAGCAAGCAAGGAAAAUUAUGGGGAUAUUUCUGAAAGGAUUGUAUUACGAAAGCGACUCCAGUGUCAGAGUUUUGAGUGGUACCUGCAGAACGUUUACCCCGGCCUUCAUGUGCCAGAGGACAGGCCUGGCUGGCAUGGAGCGGUGCGUAGUGUUGGGAUCUACUCUGAAUGUCUGGACUACAAUGCACCAGACCACAACCCCACAGGAGCUCAUCUGUCCCUGUUUGGCUGCCAUGGUCAGGGUGGUAAUCAGUACUUUGAGUACACAUCUCAGAAGGAGAUCCGCUUUAACUCCGUGACUGAGAUUUGUGCUGAGAUCCAGGAUGGAAUGACACAUAUAGGAAUGAAGCAUUGCCCGCAAGAUGGUGUUCCAAGACCUCCCAGCAUCACAUGGGAGUUCAAGCAUGAUGGGAGCAUAUAUAAUCCUCAUUCAAACAUGUGUAUCACAUCCUACCGCACAUCAGACGGCCGUGCAGACAUCCAGAUGAGAAGUUGCACUCCUGGAGACAAACACCAGCAUUGGAAAUUUGAGUGACCUUAAACGCUAUGUGAACUUGGAUGUAAGUUAUCAAGGAGAAUGUCUCUUCAGACACAUAGCUUGGAAUAAAAAAAAGGAGUGAACAACAGGUAUACAAAUGGGAUGUAUUCUGCAUAUAGUGCCUUUUCAAACCAAAGUGGAUGUAAACUUGUAGUGUCAAUGUUUUAUAUGUGCUAUUACAUGUCUGUAACAACUGUCCGAUAUAACAACUUUCAAUGACACAUUGUAGCAAAUUCAACUAUCCAGCAAACAUGUAGUGUUAUGUUGGACCAGCAUUUUUGUUUACAUUGAUGCACUAGUUGCUUUUAGUGAAUCGUUUUUAAACUCAGCCAUAGCUACCUUUUUAGAUGUACUGCGCAGCUAUUUUAUUUAAUUGUACCAGAAGUGAAUGAUUUUAGGAUGUUGUGAGCUGGAUCAUCUUGAUUGUGGCCUCUUGCUCUCCUGCCUUAUUUUUGUCUUAUUUGUGGCUGUAUUUUUGUAAAACUAGUGUAUUUAGGGUCUUUUCACCUUAUUUUGUGUGAGCUGCAUGGAUGGUUUUGGAACACUGGUGUUGAUGGAACUGUAACAGAACAAGUAUUUUGUGGCUGUGUCAUUCUGGAGACCAGCCAAACUAACAUUAAUGUUCAAAUGGUUUAUUAAUAAGUACAUUUUAAUUUGAAGUAGUUUACAGAAGUAGAAAAUGCACAUCAAAGGUGUAAAAAUGUAAAACAAUGUGUUGAAAAUGUGGACCAAACUCUUGAUAGAUUUUAUUUCUUCAUUCUCGUACACACUUAGAAUUUUACAAGAGUCUUUUUAAUUUCACAUUUGGGAUUUAUCCACUUAACCCUUGAAAUGACUUUCCAAACUUGUAUGGCUUUCUUCCUUCCAUGGAACACGAAAGGAGAUGUUAGGUGAAUGUCAGUGAAUCAUGACUGAAGCCCAAAGCAUCUCGGUCAGACGUGAAUGCUGAGUGUCCACGUACAGGACGUGUGAAGCAAAUUUUGUUAUCAGAAGAGUGCUGGAGCACUGAAUACACACUGCCUGAUUUUUCUAACCGCGUGUCUUUGAACGUGCAGAAUGUGCAUGCGCCUGGAGUUAUUUGCACUAAUUAGUGGGUCCACAAUGUGGCAACGCUCACAGUUGAGCCAUUGCUGUCAUGAAGAACUAGAAGAAAAUGUAAUCAUUGGUAAACAACAGGAGAUGAAUGUGGAAACAACAACAGUAGAUAUGCAAGUCAAGAGCGCAUGUGUGAGGUCAGGAGAUUCCUACAUUUGUAUAACUCGAGUCUGAACAAUAUAAAGAUAUUUUUAGGUGUCAUAACUCAGCAGUGGUAGAGCAAAUGCACACAAAGUCAAAUGAAGUAUACUUUGAUUGACACCAUGAAUUCUCAUCAAAAACGAGGUAUACUUUGGGCGAAAGGCUAACAGAUUACUUGCCAUCUCUUUUUGUGUUCCACAAAAGAAAGUAAAUCAAGUUUGGAACAACAUGAGGGCGAGUAAAUGAUGACAGAAUUUAAAUUGUUUGUGAGCUAGUCUUUUAUGUAUCGAUUGUUGUCUUACAACCUAAAGUGCCUCCUCAGCAUGAUCACUUUCACAAAUGUGCUCAUUUUCAUGCUACCACCUUAACACAUCUGAAUACUCCAGUAUUUGAACAUAGUUUUGGCCAAAGUUAAGCAUUCAAAUUAAUUGCCUAAGUGCUUUUAUAACAAAGGUCUUCCUUUCACUUAUCAAUGUUUCUCUGCAAUAGCUAAAUAUGAUAUUGAGAUCAGUUGAGAUUUCAUAUGAAAACUAAAUGAAUCUAUAUCCUGAAUGACUGUUUGGAUAACUUAUAAAUGAUCCUUUAUGGCAUUUAUUUUUUGCACUAAAAUGCAUUUAAAAUGGAAAAGUGUUUUUUUAAAGGGACUGUGGCGCAUUGAAUAUGACAUUUGAAUUACUACUGAUAAAGCACAGAUCUUGGUGAUCAUUUCUUUUGUUGAUUGACUGUAAUGAAGUAUUUCUGGUACAUAAAAAAUAAGUGCUAAGUAUUUUUGUCUCAAUGUAUUAAAUUAAAGUUAUAA